GUGAGCGAUAACGCCUGUGCGCUCCCGUUACGUUGCAGUCUGAGGUGCAGCCUGACUCGAGGCGAGAGUAACGGAGCCAGAACCGUUGUCCAUCUGGGUCUGGAUCCGGGUGAUGAGAGCCACGGAGAGCAUUAUUUUGACGGCGUCGUCUUUUUUUUUUUUUUUUUUUUUCACCGCAUCAUCAAAACCGCACUCGGUCUCUCCUUCCCAGCAGAACUGCGGCUCUCUCCAACUAUGGAUUGCCUAAUUGAAGUUGGGCCACCUGAUCCAGUUUGCGCCAGGGCAUCCCCGUGAUAUUUAGCGAAUGGAGAGAAGUCGUUAUGAGCGAUUGUGAAAGCGGAGGAUUUCCUGCGCAGAGGCAACAAUUUCAUCCUGAGGACACAACAUUUCCAUUGUGCUUUAACGGACAUCGAUGCAACGGAGCUCUUUGCAACUAAGUGAAAUAAUUGGCGCAAUGUUCUAGCAGUUACAGAGAGACUCUUUGGUUAGUGUAGGGAGUUUUGUUUGUGAUAGCUUUUAUUUCUCUCUUGUGCGUGCAGGCUGACUGCGCACCACUGUUUUAGCUGCUCCGCGGUCGGGAUCUGGAACUCUGAUUAACUGUGAAGCUUUUGAACUUUUCUCUGCAACUAUUUUAUUUGAAAUCUGCACCUAUGGCUUUGCCGGACAGUAGCAUAUCUGGAGAGGAGAUCCCUUUCCCAGAAAUAAUAGAGCUCAAUGUUGGCGGCCAGGUGUACAUAACGCGCUACUCUACCCUCACCAGUGUGCCAGACUCUCUGCUGUGGGAGAUGUUCAGUCAGAAGUCAACCAAAGGGCUGGCCAGGGACACCAAGGGGCGUUUCUUUGUGGACCGCGAUGGUUUUCUGUUCCGCUACAUCUUGGACUACAUGCGGGACCAGCAACUGGUUCUCCCGGACCACUUCCCGGAGCGCGGGCGUCUGCAGAGGGAGGCUGAGUUUUUCAACCUGCCGGAGCUCGUCAAGCUGCUGGCACCCAAAAUCAGCAAGCAGAACUCGUUGGGGGACGAGGGGUGUCCGAGCGACCCGGAGGACUCCUCACCCGGCAUCGACUCAGCGCGCAGCCUGGGCUCCCUGGGGGCCGCGGCUGCCACCUGCGCCAGCCUGGUGCCCGGUGCCAUGGACGGGAAGCGCUCAGGGUUCAUCACCAUCGGCUACCGGGGGUCGUACACUCUUGGCCGCGACAGCCACACCGAUGCCAAGUUCCGCCGGGUGGCACGGAUCAUGGUGUGUGGGAAGACCUCCCUGGCCAAGGAGGUGUUCGGAGAGACCCUAAACGAGAGCCGUGACCCGGACCGCCCCCCAGAGCGCUACACAUCCCGCUACUAUCUGAAGUUCACCUUUUUGGAGCAGGCCUUUGACAAGUUGGCAGAUGCAGGCUUUCACAUGGUGGCCUGCAACUCCACAGGAACCUGCGCCUUUGCCCAUGAACAGACGGACGACAAGAUCUGGACCAGCUACACUGAAUAUGUGUUCUACCGUGAGUGAGAUUAUCGGCUUUAUUCCCCUGGCCCCCUUCACCCUGUCUCCAAGAGAUCACCCCCUCUCCAGCCAUCCUGUCUAUCUCUCUGAUGACUUUGUUCCAGUAGAUGUACUGUAGAUGUUGUGUCCCCCUCUCUACCCCCAGCCCAAUUUUUCUUUGCAGCCUCCAGCUUUUAUCCUUUGAACACUACCCAGCUGCUGCUCCGACUCUUCAUACCCCCACCCCGCCUCUGCAAGUCCAGUUUGAAGCUUUCCCUUUCAACCCCAAAUCCAACCCGGUCAUCCUCAAGUCCAGCCUUGCCCCUCUCUCCUGUCGCCCGCCCGUCUAGUUGUAGUUCCCCAAAAACUCAGCCACAGCAAUCCAUCACCCCUCUCUACUGAGACUGAUACCUUCUAUGUAUUAUUCUCCUUUGUAUCCCACAUAUAAAUAUAUACUAAAUUUGCCCUGGUGAAGCACAAUACUGUAUUUUCCUAAAAACAUAGCCAGAGUGUUUCUGCGUGGCUGUUAAACUCAGUCAUAAAGGUAUAAAGAAAAGGGCUGAAAGAGUUGUAGUAAGGUACUAAGCUACUCUUCCCCUGCUUACUCAAGCAGAUCGGACUCUCUCCAGCUCCUCUAAACUAAAUUGCCAAAUAAUUGGACAUCUUAUCAGCCUUGAGGGACACGAGCAGCCCCAACACAAGAUAGAAGUGUAAUCUAAUUUCCUUCAUUUUUUUUUUUUUUUUUUUUUUUUACUUUAUUCUAUUAAAUGUGUCCAGUACCAUGUGGUUUGAGAAUGUGCCAUAGUUAACCUGUGCGGUUGUUGUUUUAAAAUGGAUGAGGUUGAGCUACACCAUUGCGGACUGGGGGAUGGGGGGGGGAGAGAAAUGCAGCAAACCUGUUUUGAAAAAUAGAAAGCUGACUGUGUGUGGAGUUUAUAUUUCAGAAAGAAGCCGGUGAUGUGGCAGAUAUACAAGCACAAAACCUGCAUGGUGAAGUUUAAGCAUCAAAAGAUUUUCUAGUGAGAGAAAAAAAAAAGUUUUACUGAUUUAUUGAUAGAGUGGAAAGAAAUGUAUGUUUUUUUUUGUUUGUUGUUUGCUUUACUUUUAUGUUAAAACAUUAAAAAGUUUUUUUUUCAUACUACAGGUCUUGUGAAAGGCCUGCUUCUUGUUGUAGUCACCAUAGCUGGCCAUGUUUUGAGGGAAAAAAAAAAAAAAAAACGUUAACAUUAUUCUCAAUAACUGAGUCAGUAUUUGAAGGUUCUGUGUAUUUGUUGAUAGUGCUCACUAAGUGAAUACCCAGCAGAGAGGGUAGGAUUAGCCUGUCUGCAGGCAAAGCCAAUUGUCUUCUCACGACUGAAGCAAAGGUUGCUGUAAAUACAGCUGCUGUAAACGGGAACAUAGUUCCUGAAUUUUCACUGGGGUUCUUUUAAAAUGCCUUAAACAUAUCUCUCAAAGCAGAUUUGUACUGUCUUCAAACAACACAACCUCAGAAAAUGUAUUUGCUGUUUAUUCAAACUCUAUUUUAUGAACCUUUAAACAUCGGUUGGUUUUUUACAAAGAAGUCGACGGAUAUUUACGCUGGAAAACGAAGUUGGAAGUUGUGGACCAUCAAUGGUCUUCCUGUUUGAAACAUACACGGAACAUUUAAAGUGUUUUGGAUCAAAAUAAAAGUGAAAAACAUGACUUUAUGUGAAAACUAUUUCCUACACUGUCUUACUCUUAGAUUAGACAGUUAGUCUGACUUGAAGCACUUUGCAUGUUCCAUUCUCAGUAUGUAGAAGAAAAUUGACACUUUAUCAACCUCAAUUUCUGGUGUAAUUAGCUUUCUGCUUCUUUAUAAACAACCACUUACAGCAAAGGUGAUGCUGGUUUAAAGGUUCAAAGUCUUCACACAUAAACCGUGAAGACAUUUUAAAGACAAGUUAUUUUAAGGAGGAAGAAGUCCAUUUUGGACUUGGCCCCUUUCAGAUUAGCCUUCUACUUUUAGCCUUCUGGCCCAGUACCUCUGGAGUUAUGAUAAAUGAAGACACCAAGAAAGCUAUCUACUUCACAUAAAGGUAAGAUAUUAACUGCUCAUAAGCAUUGAACAAAACCCCACUUUAGAAAUCCUGAAAUAUCACUUUAAAGCUUGCUACUAGAGAGUUGGAUCUGGCAUCGGGACAGGUCUACUCUAUCAUGUACCUCAGACUAAAACACAUUUAAAGCCAAUAAAGCUUCCAGGUGAUUAUGUGAAAUGCUGGAAGCAUUGUAGAUGGUUUGAUCAAACGUCAAGCAGUAUUCAGUCUAAGCAAGGUUGUAGUUUAAUGUCUUGGUGACUAAGUGUUUCAUGAAAGAUUUUAACAUCUCAACGUCGUGUUUCGGUGUGAUGCAGUGUUUUGGACACCCUAAAUCUGUUGAACCUGUUGCAGUGUGUAGGUUACAUUGGGGGUUAGCUGAGGGCAAACUGAUAUACUAAAUAAAAUCCUACUCUCUUCUG